GUAAGAGCGAAAGCCGGACAUGGGAAUCGGAUGAUGGAACCCGGUUUAUUGGAGACAAAGGUACUUCUCAUUACUUCUUUGAAAAUCUCGGAGGGGGCUCGUGCAUCUAUCACCAGAUCUAAUAGAUCACUAUCAAGCUCAGCACAGCCCACGUUACAGUAUCACAUUCCCCAAUCACCAUCUCUUCCUUUGCGUAGCGCAAGUGUUUCUCUACAGAUGCCUCACAUAUUGCAGCUUAAAUCACCUCCACGUUAUGCCCAACUGUACAAACCUUGUCAAAGUUCAACCGGCGAUAUAGGGUCCAGUCAUUGGUCAUGCGUGGCCUAUAGGAACCAGAUAUAUAGUGUCACAAACGGCUCCCAAUGGAUUCCACGCGAGGGGGUACAUCAGUCAAUUGAUGCAGAAAUUGCUCAGUUGCAGCCCUCUAGUAUUUCUGAAUACGCCAUGCGUGUAUCCCCUACUAAAGGUGGGUUUCAAUGGCAAUCAUAAGGGCCACCAUUCAAGCGCGAAAAUGACUCCAAGACUGGAGGUUUCCAAAUCGCCGUCAUAUGCACAGGAAAUAAAUGCAGUCCUAUGGAUCUUUGACAACUGCUGGUAUACAUGGAAGAAAAAGUAAUUGUGAUCCCCAGCUUUAUUCUGUGGGGAUAAUAGGCAACCGGGAUGUUGUUCUUGCUCAUCCACCAAGCAUGGGUAAAGUACCGCUGCUUGCGCAAUGAGCUAUUAAAUACCAAGCUAGCGCUUUUAGUCGCUGUUUAUGG